AUGAUCGAAUCAAGCUAUAUCUCAGGAACCCUUCCUUCAUCUAUAGGCAAUUUGUUUAGCCUAAUUCUACUCUCUCUACCCGAAAAUAACUUCACAGGCAUGAUUCCUAAAAGCAUUGGCAAUCUUUGCAAGGUGGGAGAACUAGAUCUAGAUGCUAACAGUUUCUCUGGGAUCAUUCCUCCAUCUAUAGGAAACAUGUCAUCUGUAACCAAAAUUACGUUAAGUAGAAACAAAUUGGAGGGUUCUAUACCCUCGACUAUUGGGGCAUGCAAAAGGUUGCUGCUUCUAUCACUUGACGGAAAUAACCUCAGAGGGAGUAUACCCAAGGAGCUAUUCCAAUUGUCUUCACUUUCAGUUGGCCUUGAUCUUAGCCAAAACAAUCUGUCUGGAGUGCUUCCACAAGAGAUUGAGCACCUGAAGAACACUUAG